AUGGGGGGUAUAUGGACGACUAAUCGAAUCCAGUUAUCAUGUUUUUUGCUUUUGAUUCUCGUUUUGGAGAUUCAAGUGGGCUAUUCUCUCAAUUCUGAAGGAUUAGCUUUGCUGGAAUUCCGAGCAAGGGUAGAAUGCGAUCCGUCUGGAGCUUUAGCAAAUUGGAAUCCUAAUGACUGUGAUCCGUGCACUUGGUCGGGUGUUCAUUGUCUGAAUGGUGAAGUGUAUAAGUUGGAUCUCAAUGGACAGUACUUGCAAGGAAUAUUGGCUCCCGAGCUUGGAAAUCUUACUCAUUUAAGAUUCCUUAACCUCUCCAAGAACCAUUUUUCGGGCACCAUCCCUCCUCAGUUUGGGCAGCUUAAGAAACUGGAAGUGCUGGACUUGAGGAAUAAUAAUCUGAAUGGAUCAGUUCCUGCAGAAUUAGGCGGACUACAUUCACUGAAACGCUUGUUUCUUUGUAACAACAGAUUUGAAGGAAGAUUUCCUCUUGAGAUUAGGAAGCUUAAUUCGCUUGCAGAUUUACAGUUCGAUGAGAAUCUUGAAACUGUUACUGCUGCUGGAAUUGGCUAUGUGAAUAGAAAAUUUGGGCACUGCACGUGGCAGAGUGGUCAGAGACCAUCUACGAAGCAAGAUUCAUUUCUGAUAUCAAUUAGAGAGAUCCUAGUCCAUCACUUCAAUACGUUCCCUUUGUUUGGAAGCAAAUCGUUGCACAAUUAUGCUGGUAUUAGCUGUAGCAAUCUACCAAGUGCUAUUGAGCCAUAUGUCAUCGAAAAUGUAAAGAACGUGGCAAACAAUGCGCGUCGUAUACUAGUUGAACAGUCAAGUAACCUUGUUGCUGCCCCUGCCAACAUUAGGUCGCCAUCAGAUCCUAUCAUUGCUCUUCCAAGCAGCAGGAGUAGCGGAUCAUUUCCAGCUAUACCAAAUAGGAAGGGACCACCUCCUGUUCCCAUACCAUCACCCACUCCACCUCCACAGAACGAGACCCAUAACACAACUAAUCCUCCUCCUAAUUCUUCUGGUGCUGUAAGUAAACCAACUGAUAAACCGUCUCAUGAUGGUGAAAAAUUCAAGAAUUCGUGGAAGUAUAUCGUUGGGAUUGCAAGUGCAGUUAUCCUGCUCAUUUUUGUGGUGGCCGUCAUUGUCAUGUGCAGAAGCAGAGCGGCCCAAAAACUAAGUCCUUGGAAAACUGGAUUGAGUGGGCAGUUGCAGAAAGCAUUUGUUACAGGGGUUCCCAAGUUAAACAGAGCCGAGCUGGAAACUUCAUGCGAAGAUUUCAGCAAUAUUAUUAAUACAUAUGAAAAUAUAGCGACUGUGUACAAGGGAACUCUGUCCAGUGGAGUAGAGAUCGCUGUUGUUACGACUGCUAUAUCAUCUCUGAAAGAUUGGUCUAAACAUUGUGAAUCGACAUUCCGGAAGAAGAUUGACAUGUUGUCGCGAGUGAAUCACAAGAACUUCAUUAAUCUUAUUGGAUACUGUGAAGAGGACGAACCUUUUACAAGGAUGAUGGUUUUGGAGUAUGCACCAAAUGGCACCCUUUACGAGCAUUUGCACGUUAAAGAACUUGAACAUCUUGACUGGAAUGCAAGGAUGAGGAUAAUCAUGGGGACGGCUUAUUGCAUUCAGUACAUGCAUGAUCUCAAUCCACCGCUGGCACAUUGCAACUUGACUUCAGAAGUCAUAUUUUUAACAGAUGAUUAUGCUCCUAAAGUUGCAGAGAUUGAUUUUUGGAAAGAAUUCAUGGGCAAGUCAAAGAAUCCGGAAAAUGACUCCGAGCAUUCCCAACUGCCACCACUUGCUGACGGAGAAACAAAUGUUUACAGUUUUGGAAUACUGUUGCUUGAAAUAAUCUCCGGAAAGCUACCAUACUCCGAAGAGCAAAGGCCUCUCAUUAAUGGGGCUUCUGAAUACUUGAACGAUAUGCGGAAGAUCAACCAUUUGAUCGAUCCAACCCUGAAGUCCUUCAAAGAUAAUGAGCUCGAUGUUGUGUGUGAAGUAAUCCAAAGUUGCAUUCAACAAGAUCCACGGAAGAGGCCAACGAUGAAAGAAAUCGUUCAAAAAUUCCGGGAAGUCAUUGAUUUAUCGCCUGAGGCAGCAGCGCCAAGACUUUCUCCCCUCUGGUGGGCUGAGCUUGAGAUCUUAUCACAAGAAGCAUCUUAA